AUGACAGGUCGAAGUAUUUUAUUAACAUCAUUGUUCUCAAUAAUUGUCAACAAUUGUUACGUUUAUAGUCGUGCAUUGACAUUUACGGAACAGCAAAUUGAACUUUGUAUAAAUCAGGAUAUUAAACGGCAGCCAGUAAUUAUUGAUACAGACACAGACGUAGAUGAUUUAUGGGCAAUUCAUUAUAUUCUUAAUGUACCAACUGUUGAUGUCCUUGCAAUAACAACCGUUGGCAAUGGAUACAGCAAACCUUUUUAUUCCGGAUCAAAUGUUCUUACCUUUCUCGAUUUGAUUGGCUGUUCAAAUAGUGUGGCCGUUGGUUAUGGAGUAAAUCUUCCAUUAAUGUCGUCCGGCUUUGUCAUUCCAUCAUCAUUAUUGGAUGUUAUAGAUUCAUAUAUGACGGCGGCAAGUUGUCUUAAUCAAUCGGUAAAUAUAUUUCUUCAGCCAUCUCCGUUUAGUGCGAUUGAAUUAAUAAAAUUAUCAUUGAAAUAUUCAAAAAUACCAGUUGAUAUUUUGGUUCUUGGAACUAUGACAAAUAUUGCUACAGCUAUUAGUGAAGAUCGAUCAAUUAUAUCAAAAAUAGGCACACUAUAUUUUUCUGGUGGUCAAUUCAAAUCAAUAAAUUCAUACCCAUCUCUUGUACCAAACUUGACAAUAGUUAAUUAUCCGUAUAGUGAAGAAACGACAGACGGUAGUCCGAAUGCCUACUUAGGUGAAUAUAUAUACUUUUUUUCAUGUCGUUUUGCAUAUAUACUUGCUGUACAACGUGUUGGUAUGAGUGGAAUAAAAAACAUUGUUGCUAUGCCAUUAAUCACACAAGAUACGAUGCCAGUCAACUUGACACAACUGACCGAAACAUUGAAAAAACUAAAUAUUCAAUUGAAACCCUUCGUGUUGAGCUUUAUAUCAUCACUUGCAAAAUGUACAAAUCAAACUGAGUCUAACAUGAAGUGGUAA